CGUGGGUGCUUUGCAGUGAGGUCGGAGCCAUCCCUCUUUAUUUUUUUCUGGCAAAAGCAGGCAGCAGUGGGCAAAACUCCCCAAGGAAUGUAGAAAUUGGGGUGAAAAGGGUCUGAGCAUCAGGACAGGGGGUGGCGAGCGAGCGAGCGACCACGUGUGUGCGUGUCAGGGUUAGAAAUCGCUGCUCCGCCGGGCACGCUGGAGGAGAGGGGGAAAGGGAGAGAGAAAAUCAGCCGCAGCCGCGUUUUCCAAAAAGCCGGAGCGAGCGUUCCUGCUCGCCGUCGCUUCCAAGAAACGGAGAGAACCGGGGAGGAAAAUUGCGGUGAUUCAUCGCGGGCAGAUCGGAGGCAGGAAAUGGGAGUUCGCUGCCUGCCCCGUGCCCGGCGUGGGCUCCGUGGGCUCGGGCUCGCCGGGGCCUGGCUGGUGGCGCGGGCCUGACGCCAACGGGUCGAGCAUCCCUGCGCCACGGCGGGAGCUGCCGGAGGAGCCACCGGCAAAGGGAAAACAACCAGCGGAGGCCGGGACCCGCAGCACCGGGAAUUUUUCACCUGCGUUUCUCCGGAGCCAUCCAAGCGAGAGCUGCCCGGACGGUGACCAGGGACCACAUCCAGGCUCCCACCGAGUGCUCCAGCAUCACCGCCCCGGGGGGCUCCGGAUAAUUCACAUGUGGCACCGGAGCUGCUUAACCCCAUCCUGAUCCAGCCUUCACCCCCAAAAUCCCACUGCCAUGAAGAAGAAGCCGUCCAACGGGCGGGGGCCUGACCCUGCGGCCCCCCAACAGCGAGCCCGAGGUGUCACCAAGCCAGCAGAGUACGUGGGUUCCUUCGUGGUGGAGGAGCUGGACCUGCAGCAGCGGGGGGGGCGGCUGGAGGAGCAGCUGCGGACACUGAAGGACUGUCCCAGGAGGAGGUUGGUGGUGCUGAGGUUCAGUUUGCAGGGUUUGAAGGUCUACGGCGCUGACGGGGAGACCCUGCUGAUGGCCCACGCUCUCCGCCGGAUCCUGUACAGCACGUGCUGCCUCGCCGACCGCCAGUUCGCCUUCGUGGCCCGCAACCCCCACAGCCCCCCCAGCACCCUCUUCUGCCACCUCUUCGUGGGGCUCCCGGGAGAGGUCCAGACCCUGCACCUCCUGCUCUGCCGCUGCUUCCAGCUCUGCCACCUCCUGGCGCACCCCGAGGAGCAGGCGGGCGAGGGGGAGCCCCCGGGGCCGGGGGUGCUGCGGGAGCCCCUCAACCCCGACGAGGUGUCUCGCAACGUCAACGCUCUGGUGUCGUUCCGGCGCCUGCCCGCGCCCGCCGGCCUCGGCUCGCUGGGCACAGGGGACCGGCGGCCGGAGGCAGAGGGUAGAGCCGGCUCCUGGCGCCCGGGGAACCCCUACUGCUCCCCGGUGCUGGUGCGCAAGAAAGCCAUUCGCAGCAAAGUGCUGCGCUCGGGGGCCUACCGGGACUGCGGGGCCGAGGGGCAGCUCCACCAGCCGCCCCGCGACGCCGCGGCGGCGGGAUGGGAGAGCAAAGGCGCGCGGAGCUUGGCCCUCCUGCCCGAGAACGAGAGCGUCCUCGCCGAGAGCGUGUGGGCCUUCGCCGGCAUCGCCAGGGACGCGGGGGUCGCGCUGCUGCGGUGGGACGUGCCCGGAGCGUUCCUGCUGCGCCCCGAGCCCGGGCUGCCCAAGCGCUGGUGCCUGUGGGUGCGGGCGCCCUGCGGCGUCGUGUCCUAUGGCCUCCUCAGGACACACCAGGGAAGGUUCUGCGUGGAGCACUCCAACGCCGAGUUCGCCAGCGUGGCCGCCCUCCUGGCCCACUACUCGGGGGCGCCGGGGGGCUGCUUCUGCCGCCUGGCCCCCGGCCACCGCAACCCCGGCUACGAGGAGCGGGACCCCGGCGGCGGGGCCGGCGCCUGCGGGGGGGAGUCCGCCUGGGCCCCCUCUGCCCCCAUCGGAGUGCAGCACGAGCGGGGGUAGGCCCGGCCCCCCCUCCCCGUGCACGGCUGCCCCCCGGCCCCCUCGAGCUUUAACUGGCUGCCAUCUGCCUUAUCCAUCCCUCCCUCCCGCGGGCUGCGCGCGCUGUCCGGCAAUAAACGGCUCCUGUG